AUCGGACGGGUUGCGCUGUUCGACCGUAGCAGCGACGUCAGCCAGUCUUUCCCUGGAACCCGUAGCAAACGCGUCGCGCGCAACAUGCAGUCGUCGAUCAACGGUGAACAAAGCGAUCCUUCACCCGCUGAUCCAAACCGUCUCGAGAUCGACGGAUCGCUGGAUCGCGGGAUCACCGGUCCGUCUCAUGUACGCUUCGCAAUUGCACUCGAACCAUUGCUGACGGUACUCUCGAUUGUGGUCGACCUGGUGAAAGUGGUCCUGCUCGGUGUGCCAAUAGUUUGCCGUGAAAUCUAUUCCAUGUUUGUACCGCGACGACAGAAAGAUGUGCGGGGCCAGGUUGUGCUCAUAACGGGCGGUGGCAAUGGGUUGGGACGCGCGAUGGCCCAACUGUUUGCCGCACGUGGUUGCCAUCUAGUGCUGGUGGACAUCGAUUUGAACGCAGCGGAACGAACGGCCGACGAGCUCAAGCAGCAGUACGGUGUGCCGGCGCGUGCGUACCGGGUCGAUGUGUCCCGGUACGACCAGUGCCGCCAGCUGGCCGACAGCAUCGAGCGUGAUGGUGCCGGUCCGGUGGACAUUCUUAUCAACAAUGCCGGGCUGAUCAUGUUUGCCUUCGCGAACGAUUCGGACGUCGAGCGCGCGAACACUGUGAUGGAUGUGAACAUGAAAUCGCACGUAUGGAUGACGAAAGUGUUUUUGGACGGGAUGAUUCAACGCAAACGCGGUCACAUCGUCGGAAUAUCAUCAAUGUCCGGCAUGUACGCCUUCCCGUGGGGUGUCGUAUAUUCGGCAACGAAAUUCGCUGUGUCCGGUUUCAUGGCUUCGCUCACAGAGCAGCUGCGUAUCCAGGGUAUUUCCAAAAGCGUGCGAACCACCUGCGUCAAUCCAUAUUAUGUGACGACGCGUAAGGAUGUGAUUGAGUUCCUGCAGAAACCACGGUUUGCACCACUGACGGUAGAUCAAGCAGCUCGUGAAAUUGUUAUAGGAAUUUUGCGGCAAGACAUCGUGGUAACAGUACCGAGGCUAUUUGGCGUUUUUACUCGGUUCAUGUUAUUCUUCCCAGUGCCAGUUCAACAGCUCGUUCGGGAUUAUUUAAUCCGCGAAUAUGAGCUAAACAAUAAUCUACACACGUAGAGUGGAUUGUACAACCACAAACGUUUAAGAUGCAAUGAAACGACGGUGUUACUGCACAAAGUACCGAUACUCAUUGAGAAGAAUGACAUUGAGGUUCAUACCUGACUAGUAUUGCUAAUAACUUCAUCCUUAAUUUGCUAAGUUACUGGUUUGUGUAUCGAUUCUGUGGAUACUUGCAUACCAAGUAAGUGCAAAACUACGUUAAAGACUAUGGAAUGAUAGAUUAUAACUGAUAUAGCUAAUAAAACAAACAAUUGGGGAUUGUGUCAAACAAAGUA